AGCAAAGUAAAAAUUAUUUUUAAAUGAAAAAAAAAAAUAUUUUUAUAUUUUUUAAACAUUUUUCUGAAAAUGAAUCAUACACCACAAAUUUUCAAAAAUGUGAUUUUAACGGAAGGCCCACUGUUGGUUCCUAUAAUUUGAUAACCCAAAUGGAAACGACGUCGUUUUUGCCAGGUGGACAGGACAAGGCACGUUGCAGUCUGCAGAAAGGUUGGAUUCACCCAUUCUGCAACAAUACACGGAUAAACGAACCCUCUUCGUUUCUAGGGUUAGGGUUUGGGAAUCAAAAUGGAAGCUGCGAGAGGAGAAAAAGAUGGUGGAUUGCUACACACACUUCGACCACCGCGUCUCGAAGACGCCGGUCUGGAAGACUGCGCCCUCCCUCCUGAUUCCAUCAAAGAAGCCUUCCUCAAAGCUGCCACCGCCGUCCGAUCACGCGCCGGCUCAAUCCUCACUACCGAUAGCGACGAGGACGAUGAUGACUGCCUGAAUGACCCAUGGCCCACCGCCACAGGCAAGUCCGACUCUCUGCCCGGAAUCUCGCCGGAGGGGGAAACCCCAGGCGCUUGUGGCAACCAGAAAGGGGGAGGCAUCCCGGGGGUGAUUGGAGACGAGGUAGGUGCCGGCGUCAUCGAUGCGACAAAGGCGGAGGAGAAGUCGGAUAAGGUAGUGGGAGGUGAGUUGCGGGAGGAAGGAAAGGAAUGUGUGGAUGCAUUGCAGGGUCUGAAGAUCGGAUAGAAGGGUAAAAGCGGAGUGGACGAGGAAGAACCUGAUAAACCCGUACUAGGGGCAGACUUGAUAUGAAAUUCUAGAUUGUCCAAUCGUGGAGAGAGAGGGGAGAUGUUUUCUGGGAUGGUUUUCUUUGGGGCAAAGGAAUUUGGUGCGUAUUAUGAUGAGAUUUUGAGGCUUUUGUUGUAUUAUUUUCCUUGUUUUGGGUUAUGAUUUAUUAUCAGGGCUAUAUAUAUAUAUAUAUGCAAUAAUUUGAUCUUAAAUGAGUGAAAGUAUUUAAAGUUUACUCUUAGA